AUAAAAUUGCAAUAAUGACUGAAGUGAGGAAAGACGAUGUUGUAAAAAUUGUUCAUACCUAUCCAUUUUGCAGAAAAUGUGAUAUGUCUGAUGAAAUGAAACAAGAGGCGAUGGAAUUGUGUGUAACUGCAGCAGAGAAAUAUGCAGAUAAUUAUGAGAGCGUGUCUCGAAUGAUCAAGGAAACAAUGGAUAAGAAAUUUGGAGCGUCGUGGCAUACUGUCGUUGGAGAAGGCUAUGGCUUUGAGAUAACUUAUCAAUUGAAGCAUCUUUUAUAUAUGUAUUGUGCUGGCAAUUUGGCAAUAUGCAUAUGGAAAUCUGCAUAAUACAUUUUUUAUAUAAUAUAUUUAAUUGUGUGUGUGUGUGUGUGUGUGUGUGUGUG